AGGAAAGGCUUCAGCAUAUUGAUGAGGAGAAAAUCCAGAACCCUAAGAACGACGAUGACGACGAGGAGGAAGAAGAUGAAAGGCACAUUGACGAGGCACUUGCAGGUUCAGUUAGGGCAAGUUUCACUUGCUCCUCUCCACCUCCACCGCUCCUCUUCUUCCGCCGCUGCUUCCACCGCCGCUUGCUUCCAGGACUUGCCUGAAUCUGAAGCACCGCCGACGGUCAACGCUUCCGAUGCUCUCCCUUCCCCCUCUCCUAACUUUGAGGACAGAGAUUUCAUUCUUAGCCAAGACUUCUUCUGUACCCCUGACUAUAUCACCCCGGACAAUCAAAAUUUGUUGAAUGGUGUGGAUAGCAACCAGGAAUGCAUUCCUUGCCCCAAAUCUCCAGAGAAGAUUAAUACUGUUAAAACUAAGAGAAAAAUACAUGAAAGUGUUUUAGUACAUCCUUUGAGUCCGAGUUUGUCUGGCUGUGAACAAGUUGUGGAACUUGGAAAUGACACGUUUGGAUCAGAUGAUGUGGAUAUGGAGAAAGAGACAAUGGCAAUGCCGAAGAAACAAAACUAUGUUUCUCAAUCUGCAGUUGCUCUACGCUGUCGAGUUAUGCCUCCUCCUUGCAUGAAGAACCCGUACUUGAAAGAUGCUUCAGAUGUAGGCGUAGACCCAUUUGGUAAUCAAAGAACAAAAUGUGCAGGAUUUUUUCCUGCGCUGUUUAGUGGAGAUGGUCUUUCAAGAUAUCACACUGAUUUUCAUGAGAUAAAGCAAAUAGGGACAGGAAAUUUUAGCCGUGUCUUCAAGGUAUUGAAGAGGAUUGAUGGCUGCUUAUAUGCUGUCAAACAAAGCACAAGACCGUUGAAUCAAGACAUAGAAAGGAGGAGAGCUUUGAUGGAAGUUCAAGCUUUGGCAGCUUUAGGAUCUCAUGAAAACAUUGUUGGAUACUACUCUUCAUGGUUUGAAAAUGAACAACUCUAUAUUCAAAUGGAGCUCUGUGAUUGUAGUUUAUCAAUUGGCAGGUAUUCUCACCCAUUCUUUGAGGUAGAUGCACUGAGAGCCUUGUAUCAGAUUGCAAAGGCAUUGCUCUUUGUGCACGAGAAAGGAGUAGCUCAUUUAGACGUGAAACCUGACAAUAUUUAUGUCAAAGAUGGUGUCUUUAAACUUGGUGAUUUUGGAUGUGUUACCCUUCUUGAUAAGAGCCUACCGAUUGAGGAGGGUGAUGCGCGCUAUAUGCCUCAAGAAAUUCUGAAUGAAAGAUAUGAUUAUCUUGACAAAGUUGAUAUUUUCUCCUUGGGAGCUGCUAUUUAUGAGAUUGUCCGAGGAUCCACAUUACCAGAAAUGCAUUUCAUGAACCUUAAGGAGGGAAAAUUGCCACUCCUUCCUGGUCAUUCAUUGCAAUUCCAAAACUUAAUCAAGGCUAUGGUGGAUCCCGACCCGACACGGCGUCCUUCGGCAAGGGAAGUUCUUGAGAACCCGAUAUUUGAUAAGGUCAGAAAUCAUAAAUAAUCAUAGGACAACUUCAACCAUGGCGUCUUCUUAUUGUUCCACCAUUUUCAUAGAUGGGCUUUGCUUGUGCAAUCCCUUUAUAUCAGCUUGAUAUUUUGUAAGAUUUCGUUAUCUACUUUCCUAAAGUUCAUGCACCAAAUUUUGCCUAUAGCAUGGUGCAAGUUUUGUAAAUUCUCUAUCAUGUAUUAUAAACUCGUAAAUGCAAGUUAA